UUAGACAGUAGAAGUGGUUCAGAGUUGCUUGAGUCCACGUGUUCCUUCCAGUACUUUUCGUUGAAUGGGGAUGUUGGUUUAUAUGAUGUUGUCUGUGGGCGAGCUUGGAGCCCGGUUGUACCCACGAUUGGGAUGUGCGAUUGA